AUGAAGCUCCUCUCCUUUGUUCCGCUCAUAGCCGCAUCGACCUCCACAAACGUCUAUGACAGCAAGACUAUCGUAUCGGUCACCUCCGCCGAUGCUUUCGUCGACGUUCGGGAUGUCCCAAAGCGUCUCGAAGAUGCCAAGGUCGCGCUCAAGCCUGGAAUGGCCGCCUUCCUGAAGACGGCAACUAUCAAGACUUUGAAGUCCUCGGGCUUGCAGGUGGUUGCUACUUCCGAGGACACAGUGAGCUCCGACGAUCUUUGUGCCUACUUGAAGGAGGCGGCCUCCAAACUCUCCGGUCUGGACUGUGAAUGCUCUCCUAACUUCGCCACUAAAGAAGGGACCAGCGAAGACCUCGGCGUGAAUGACCCCAAUGCUUCCAGGCAAAGGGCAUUCAAGCGGAUGAACAUGGAAGAAGUGUGGAGAUUAUCUGCGCCCUAUGUGAGGCAGACCGUCAACGUAGCCGUUAUGGACACCGGCCUCAACUUCAGCGAUCCUGAGAUCGCUCCUUAUCGGGGUACCUUUC